AUGGCGUCCUUCGCCAACCCCACUCAGAUCUUUGCCGACGAUGUUAUCGAGGAGAAAGGAGAAAACGCCCGUCUCUCCGCCUUCGUCGGAGCCAUCGCCGUCGGUGACUUGGUGAAGAGUACUCUUGGUCCGAAGGGUAUGGACAAGAUCUUACAGUCGGCCUCGACCGGCGAAAUCCUCGUGACGAACGACGGAGCCACGAUCCUCAAGGCCAUCGCCCUCGAUAACGCCGCCGCCAAGGUCCUGGUGAACAUUUCCAAGGUGCAGGAUGAUGAGGUCGGCGAUGGAACGACGUCCGUCACCGUGUUGGCUGCCGAGCUCCUCCGCGAGGCCGAGAAGCUGGUCAACCGCAAGAUCCAUCCGCAGACCAUCAUCGACGGAUACCGGAUAGCCAGCCGGGCCGCGCUGGAUGCCCUCGAGAAGGUCGCCGUCGACCGCACCACCGACAUGGAGGCCUUCCGGAAGGAUCUCCACUCCAUCGCCCGCACCACGCUCAGCUCCAAGGUGCUCGCCCAGGACCGCGACCACUUCGCCACGCUCGCCUGCGAUGCCGUGCUGCGUCUCCGUGGAUCCACCGACCUCAGCCACAUCCAGAUCAUCAAGAAGGCCGGCGGCAAGCUCAGCGACUCCUACCUCGACGAGGGUUUCAUCCUCGACAAGAAGAUCGGUGUCAACCAGCCGAAGCGACUGGAGAACGCCAAGAUCCUGGUGGCCAACACGGCCAUGGACACCGACAAGGUCAAGAUCUUCGGCGCCCGCGUCAAGGUCGAGUCGACGGGCAAGCUGGCCGACCUGGAGAAGGCCGAGCGGGAGAAGAUGAAGGCCAAGGUGGAGCGCAUCAAGGCCCACGGCAUCAACUGCUUCGUCAACCGGCAACUGAUCUACAACUGGCCCGAGCAGCUCUUCACCGAGGCCGGCAUCGUGUCCAUCGAACACGCCGACUUUGACGGCGUCGAGCGGCUGGCGCUGGUCACCGGCGGCGAGAUCGCGUCGACCUUUGACCACCCGGAGCAGGUGAAGCUGGGCCACUGCGACGUGAUCGAGGAGGUGAUCAUCGGCGAGGACACGCUGAUCAAGUUCUCGGGCGUGGCGGCCGGGCAGGCGUGCACGAUCGUGCUGCGGGGGGCCACGGAGCAGCUGCUGGACGAGGCGGAGCGGUCGCUGCACGACGCGCUGGCGGUGCUCUCGCAGACGGUCAAGGACCCCCGGGUGACUCUGGGCGGUGGCUGUGCGGAGAUGGUCAUGUCCAAGGCGGUGGAACAGGCGGCGCAGAACACGACGGGCAAGAAGCAGCUGGCGGUGGACUCGUUCGCGCUGGCUUUGCGACAGCUCCCGACGAUUCUGGCGGACAAUGCGGGUCUGGACUCCAGCGACCUGGUCACCCGGCUGCGCCAGGCCAUCAACAACGGCAUGACCAGCUCGGGACUGGACCUCUUGACGCCGGGCGGCGGGAUUGCCGACAUGCGCGAGUUGGGCGUGGUGGAGAGCUACAAAUUGAAGAAGGCGGUGGUGUCGUCGGCCUCUGAGGCUGCUGAACUUCUGUUGCGGGUGGACAAUAUUAUCCGGGCGGCUCCUCGUCGUCGCGAGCGGAUGUAG